UGCACGAGAUAAAAAAAUGUAUUAAAUGUUGUCGUUUUGUAACAGUAUACUUCUUCAUAUGGAUUUUCUAUUACAGUGGCGACAUCACGUUGCUCUCUGUAAGACUUGCUCUCAACUGCGAUGGUGGUUUAAUGGUCAGCGUAGUUGCCUUCCAAGCAGUUGAUCCGGGUUCGAUUCCCGGCCUUCGCAGGAUUUGUUUUUGUUUAUGUAACACUUGCCUUUAAUACUCGAACAAUCAAUAUGAUUCUUGUCUAUAUCUACAGAAAUAGUAAAUCUCAGCUGCGAUGGUGGUGUAAUGGUCAGCAUAGUUGCCUUCCAAGCAGUUGAUCCGGGUUCGAUUCCCGGCCAUCGCAGUGGAUUUAUUUUUGCUUUUUUAUUAAAUUUAUUUUUCGAUGAUAUCCACUGUAAUUUUCUUUUAAAAUACAUUAUAUUUAAAAAUAUAUUAUCAGUAUAUAAAUUAUUAUUGAUUAAGUAUUUUAAAAAUUAAAAAAAAAAAGAUUUCCGAUACCGGGAAUCGAACCCGAGCCUCCUGGGUGAGAGCCAGGUAUCCUAGCCACUAGACCAUAUCGGAUUUGCUUACAAUAUAAGUCUGCUUACGAGUAUACAUAGUCACAUUUGGUAAAAUCCUUAAAAUGAUAAAACAUAUAAUUAUUUUAUAAUUAUUCUGUUUAAAAUAAUCUGUUGUUCUUUGGAAGAAUAUUUCAAUUCUCAUUCUGUAUUCCUCGUUCCAUAAGUUUUGUUUGUUUUCCAUUUAUUAUAUACCCACUUUUUUUGAUAACAUUUAUCGAUGUUCUUCUCCAAUGAUAUCCUUUAUCAUGUUUCUGUAUAACUUUGUAAUAUGCUAUUGAUUUAGAAAAUGUGUUUUUUAAAAAUCCGAGGGUAACCUGCGCCGUAUGAUAUCGACGACCAAUCAGAAACAACGAAGUUCCUAAGCAAAGCUGGCAGCAGUGAGCACACGGCGUUGUUUGACUCAUGCAUGCUGUACGUACUGUGUCAGUUCAGUCAGUUUACUUCUUGGUUGUGAGGUGAUGUGAUAUAGUUGAAUGGUGUACCAAUUAAUCAGCUUUUCAAACAAAGGCCUCGUAAAACGUAGACGUAGUUCGAUACGUUCAAUAACCAGCUUCGAUAAAAUAAUCUUAUUUGUAAAAUAAUUCAAAGAGUAUGAUAUGAGACGUAUUUAAACAAUACAAUAAUGGACAGAUUGCAUCAAAAUAUUCUUAAAAUUCUGCGAAAUAGUAUAGUCGCAGAUAUGGAUGUAUAUAACGGUAUCAUAAGUCCGCUAAAAUCAGAUUACAUAUUAAAAGACGACCACAUCAAACAGAUACAGGCUGGUCAGUCCAAAGAAGAAAGGGCUAAAAUUUUAUUGGAUAUACUUCCAAGUCGAGGUCGAUUUGCAUUUGAAAGUUUUCGUGAGGCUUUACGUCAUCAUUACGAUUGGCUUAGCAAGGAAAUGGACAUACUCGAGGAAAGUGGAAAAACUGUGAAUGAUGUACAACAUGUUACUACACCCAUCCUUCCUCCAAUUUCACCACUGACUGUGAUCAGAGAACGAAAGAUGAUAGAAUUAAAAUAUUAUUUGGAACAAUUACAACCAAAUGGAUAUGUUGUACUUCAUGGAAUGAAAGGAUUUGGUAAAUCGUGUUUAACAGCUAGCACACUGAAGGAUACAAAAUUUGUAAGAAGUUCGUUUUAUAGUGAAAUAUAUUGGAUUAAAUUUGGAUAUGAACGACCAAUUAAUGAGGAAAUAUUUAUCCAAUUAAACAGGCUUUAUCAUCUUGUUAAGAAUUUAGAAUUGUCAUCAGAAUCGUCAAUGCCAGAGACAUCAACGGAUUCAUUAAUUUAUUUCUUGAAAUAUUAUUUUAACAAAGAAAAGCAUUCCCAUGCUUUGUUAAUUUUAGAUGAUGUUUGUGAUAGUAAAAUAAUUGAUGCAUUUGAUUUUGAAUGCAAAACAUUAGUAAUCACUGCUAAUCUCGAUGUUGUACAAGGCAAAAGAUUUUCUAAAUUUGAGUUGAUCGACGGCUUCACCGAAGCGGAAACUUUAGGUCUUUUUGCUAAAGUGUUAGAUACAAAAGAGGAUAAACUUCCAUUUGAAGCAAAACGAAUUCAUGAUGAAUGUAAAGGAAUGCCCUUAUUAAUAGCUAUGUUUGCCGCCCAAUUCGAAGAAUUUAAACAUGACAUGAAAUUGCGCCCACAUAGAUGGAGAUAUUAUUUGAAUUCAUUAAGAAAUAAAGACGAGAAAAAUCGUGUAAUUAAAAUAUUUUUGGAGAAACAAGAAGCAAUUUUUAAUAUGUGUAUAAAGGAACUACCAGAUGAAAUGAGAAAACGUUACGAAGAAUUAGUUAUUUUUAGGGAAGAUGUUAAUAUAACACCACAGACUUUGGAGAUUCUUUGGGAGGGAGCUCCAUUUGAAGUUGAGGAAAUGAUGCUAGACUUUUGCCAUAAAUCUCUUGCAGCUAAGCAAUGGAACAAUGAAUUGCAUAGCUAUAUCUAUGGUGUUCACGAUUUAUUACUUUGUCACCUUCGAAAAAAAUUUUCACAAGCUGAAUUAGUAGAAAUGCACAAAUCGUUAAUCGAAAAGUAUCGUAAAUACUGUAAUGGUGAUUUUUCAAAAUUACCCGCCGACAAUUAUAGUUACUCGUAUAUCGGAUAUCACUUGGAGCAGGCGCAAUUAUAUGAUGAAUUUCCUAAUAUAUACUUCAAUUUUGAUUUCAUCCAAGCAACAAUAAUUCAUAGUGGAUUAAGUAAUUUGUUGAUAGAUCUGGAUAAUUAUAAAAAAUAUAUUACAAAAAAAGAUCCAAUAUUGGAAGCAAAUAUGAUCGAUUUAGAAAGAUUUUUAGAAGAACAAGCAAGUAUCAUAGUGAAACACAGGCGCAAGAACUGCCUAGAUAUAGUUCAAAUCGCUAUGAAUCAUCCUUAUGAAGGCUAUGUCAAAGAUACUGCCAUGAAACUAGCAAGUGAAAGAUCUAAAAGUUUAUACGUAUUUCACAAUAAAAAAUUGGGACAGAUGGAUAUGCCAUGGAGUGAGGAAAUAUCAACAGAAAUUCGUACGUCGUGUUUUACGUACGAUCCAAACUUAAUUCUAAUCGGGAAUGGAGCGGGUGAAAUACUUUUGUGGGAUAGUUUCUACAAAAGACAAAAAGUUUUCAGUGGUCACGAUAAAAGUUGCAGCAUAAAGAAGAUUGUCAUGUCUUCGGAAGGCGAUUGUUUUUUGUCGCUAGAUGAUCACGGUAUAGUAAAACUUUUUAGACUUUCCGACGAUGAAAAUUAUGAGCAAAAUCAUAUUCCAUUAAGUCCACGGCAAAAACAAUCUUUUUGGAGUGGAAUAUUUACUAGCCAGAUUCCGCACGACGAUAGCUCAAUAGUGUUUUCUGUUAAUGGUGAAAUUAUACUAGAUAUGACAUUUGCACAUGACAAUAAAUAUAUAGCAGCUUCUACAAAUAGAGGGACAAUAAAAAUUUGGGAUCGAUAUGGAGAAGUGUUAUCAGAACAUCAUCAUAAUCCGCAAGAUAACAGUUGUCUUAAGAAUGUAGCAUUUUCAAUGGAAAGUAACUUGCUCCACAUAAUGGAUGAAACACAUGGCGUUUUAAUAUCGUAUUGCAGAUGUGGCACAAAAUAUGAAUAUCUAUCGCAAUACAAUCUAAAUUUGCUAAAAACGAAAAUUAUAUUUUUCCGUAUUGUCCCGGAACAGAAUAAUUCCUUAUUUAUUGUUACCGAAGAUACAGCCGUAUAUAUAAAAUGGUUCAGACGAUACAAUGACCACAUGCACAAUUAUGAAAGACAAAUAAGAGCAAGUAUUGAAAAUAAAAAAAUCGUUUAUGUUUGCGCUACCUUAACAUACGAUGGUCAAUAUUUGGUUCUGGCUGAUUCGAGCGGUUUUAUAAAUAUAUUAAAUGCAAAUACCGGAACACAACCAAUAGCCAUUUAUAAGUGUCGUAUUUCUUCUUUGGAUACAUAUUGGUUAAAAGAAGAAGGGUACCAUAUUAUUUGUGGUUCUGAAAAUCAAUUGCUUCACAAAUGGAAAUUUCCAGUAGCAGGGGUCUGUAAAUCGAUAAGAAAACCUUUAUUUGAUGCGGCGGUCCAACAGUUUGGUCAACCGAAUACCGUUGUUACGGAAACUCCUUCAAAUACUAUCGUCGCAUUAGUUGGCGACGAAGUAAUAGCAGAAUCUAAACCGAUCGACGGAAAAAUAUGUAACUUAAUUCUUUCAUUGGAUAGAAAGAAAAUAAUUUUUGUUACGAAUAAACACGUUGUUACUUUAUUUGAUAUAGAGAAAAAGGAAGCCAUACCUAUACUGAACGUUUUACAAAACAUAGAAUUUAUAAAAUGUAUAAACAUACAAAACAGUAACAUAAUUGUUUGUAGAGAGACAAACGAUAAUUUAAGGGUCUGGCAAAAUAAAGAACUAACAUACUUAGUUCAAAAUGCCGGAUAUAUUAUUUCAAUUCAUGAGAUAAAUGAAAGAUGUAUACUGACAGUAACACGAAACGGUAUAAUAACACUUUGGAAUAUCAAUAAUACGAAUUGGAUACGACGAGACAGCGUAACCAAUGGUGGUUCGGACAUCGUCACUACUUUUAGUUGCUUGAGUUGUAGAAAAAUUAUUCUAGCCGUAUUAAAUGACGUGGGAGAUGUAGUUUUAUACAAACUACAAGAAGAUACGAUAACGUUACCAGCGUGUAUAAAAAUUACUGAAUAUUUCAGAACGAGAUAUACACAAAAACUGACGUGUUGUGAAAUCUCACAAAAAGAACAAUAUGUAGCUAUUGGCUUUGAAAACGGAGAUAUUUCCAUUAUUGAUAUAUCAAUACGAGAAGAAAUACAUAAACUAUGUUUUCAUACAACGGCUGUUACUCAACUAUAUUGGGCUCCUUCCAUAAUCGACGUCCCUGUUUUACUUUCCGUAAAUUCAGAUGAAGUAGUGUGGUGGAAUAUUGCGUUGACUAUCCGCACGCAUAAGCAACAAAAAAGGCUCAGAAGCAAAAUUAAGCAUAGUAUUAGUUCUCCUGCUGUCUGUCAAAGUGCAAAUGUUGGCUUACAUAUGUCUACUAGCUGCAGUGUAGACUCAAAUAUGUACAGUAUGCAACCUCAAGCGGAGGAUAAUACUACCAUGAAUGGUGUCCAUAAACUAAGUAAGUACUGGAAAUUUAUCGAAGGUAAAAAUCCACAACAGCCAGCAUUAUUAGCUGUUGUCGAAUUACCUUCGAAUUUUCUUGCAAAAAUAUGCAUAUCUACCGAUUUCACAAAGUUUGUUACAGUUGAUAUAUAUGGAUCCAUUAGCACGUUCACAUUAUGUGGAUAUAAUUAACCAUGACUACUGUAAUUAAAGAUUCCUAUAAUGAAUAUUUUAAAGUUUGUUAUUGUAAAGGUGCAAUAACUGUAAACAUUAUCAAAAAUAUGAAAUGUUUUUUAUACAAUUUUUACUUGUGAUUAAUUAGAAUAACAAGUUGAUACUUGUAAAUGGUAGAUAUGGUUAUUAUAUCAAAGUGAAAUAUUUCAUGAAUAGGGAAGUACAAUAUAGAUAAUAUUAGAUAGGUUGAUGGUUUAUACCAAUUAAGUUUUAAGAUAAGUGAAUUUGCAUACAACUUAUAUUGACUGAUGCUCAAGACUAUGAGAAAUACGUAAACUUAUUUACAGUAAUCCUAUCUCUACUGCCACUUGCAUUUACAAGAAAAUUAAUGGAUCUCUUACUUUUACACAUCUUUACAUGUGUAAAAGAACAAUCACAAUUGCAUUUUUGACUGCUUUUUUUUUAUACUGUACUUUUAAAAUCAUAAGAUUCUCUCGAACAUUUUGCAAACCGUUCAUCCUACACGUUUCAAAAUAUUUGUGCUAUUGAAUAAUAUUUCUCAUUAUGGCGCAUCGCCAAAUGAAAUUCGCGCAUUUUAUUCUACUUAAUGUUUAUACGGAAGUUCUUUUUUUACUUACAUCGAAUAAUCAUACUUAUAUUACGAUUUGUGUGUGUAUACACUACAAAUUUAUUUCGUAAGUCUUAUUGCAAUAUAAAAUAAAUAUAAUUGUAAAUACCAAAUGGAUAAGAUAUAUUUAAAUCGUAUAACGUUGAAAUUUUAUUUCAUUUCGAUUUAGUGCUAUCCGAUAAAAAAAAUUCAUACAUAAGUAUGAUUAUUAACAUAGAAGAGAUGUUUUCCUUCGGAUAGGUAAUAUGUCUUCAACAAAAAAAUUGUUUAAAAGUAGAUUUUUCUUAUUUGAUGAAAAAAAAAAUUAUAUAUUUAGAGUAAAUUAAAAAAAAAUUUCAGUGAAUUUUAAAAUGUUUAUUAAUUGUUUAUAUCUGAUAAAUUGUGAAAAACGUUCAUAUCUUUAAAUUUCGUUUGUUUUCAAAUUAUAUAAUAUUUUCUAUUUUUAAUUUGAACUACGUGCCUUAAGUGUAUGAUACACAUGUUUAAAGGGGAGUAAACACAAGUGUUCAUAAAUUGUACGGAAUGUUUAAUAUAUCUGUAUAUUCUAAUUGUAAAUUUACCUGCCAAUUUAUGACAUUACUCCCUUCAGGAUACAUUUAUAUUACAUAUAUAUUUUAUAUGCUACAUAUAAAAACUCGAAUAAAUCCUAAAAAUAUUUGGCACGUACGUGCAUAGUCGGAUCGAUCAAAAUUUAGUAUGGAAUAUAUUUAUUAUUUCCACCGUAAUCGAACAACUUUUUGAUAAGUUAUUUUUAUACAGUAUCCUUUAUUUCAGUGCCUCGAUUUUUUCAGCUUUACUGAACUAUUCGAUCUCAUAUUACUGUACUAUUAGGUCAUCUUAUAAAUUCGUGUCGAUUUUUGCAUCAAUAUUUUAAAUAUACUAAAUUACAAGACAUCCAGAAAAUUUCUUAUCGUUUCAGUAAAAGUUUUUUACUAUUCAACGAUCUUACGAUCGAUAGCAUUUUCUUAAAACUGAUCUCGAACAGCAGUGCAUUUAUCUCUUAUUGCUGUGUCUAAAAAGGUAAACUAUCGCGAAUGCAUUACACACGAAAUUUUUGGUUGGCCUAAUAUUAGUUAAUGUUCCAACAAGAUAAGAAUAUCUAGUGUAAGAGAACAGUGGUAUGUAACAGAUGAUGUAUAUGUACGCAAUUAUUUUAUACAAAUUAUGUUAUAGAAUAUUACAUGUUUAUUCGCAUGUAUUCUAUGCGUGCAAUCGACCGUGAUCACGUAUACAUCGAAAUGUUUAUCAAUAUUGUGAUAUCGGAAUACAUACGACCAUGUGUAUUCCUUAAACGAAGUGCAGUUUACGGGAAAUGCGAACAAUAGUGACGCCCGUCAGCGGCGGCAACCAUGUUUGUUCUGUAAACAUAAAAAGUUUGCAUUCUCUCGUCAAGCUCAAUUUUUUAUACCACUUAUUGUAUUACUUUCGAACCUAUGUAUUUUAGUUGAUGCUACAAAAAGUGUAUGUAUUUUAACCCAAAUAAAACUGUGUAAAUACAUCCUCGCUUUCUGUGUUCCCACGAGAUCAACGGACCCGUCGCAGGAAGUACGUUUAUGGACUAUAUCGCAAUGUAUAAUAGCUACACGUGGCUAACGUAUUAAUAGGAGACGAAGAGACUGACGUAUGUACGACUUGGCACUAAACGAAGUGUCCAAUUUUAUCCUCUAGGCCAAUGUCGGUUUACGUAUUCUAGCAUGUAUAUCGAUAGUAUUAUUAUCAGUGAACUUAGAUCGACUUCAUUGGCAUACCUGAAGAGUUCCUUGUAUCGAAAUGUUACGCGUCGAUGGAAUGACGCUUGAAAAAGAAUCGCAAGGUGAAACGGGAAUGUAAACUCAUUUCACAAACUAGGAAAGGACAACUGGCUUUCAAAAAAGGACAAGCACUUGUUAAGACAACAUGCAAGUAAUUAAUUAAAAACAGAAAGUAAAAAAGGACUUCAAAACUUUCGAAAGGUAUCGCUACGAAUAAAAUCAAGUAAAUGAAGAAAGUCAUAGGGGAAAAAGUACUAGAAAAGAACCCAUGGGUCACCCUAGUGAAUUACAAUUAUCCAUCGACACCAAUCGAUGGAAAAGCGUCUGUUUAAUGAGACCGGAAUAAUCUGACGUGGUGUGGAAAUGUGGGGAUGCGCACAGCAACAAAUACGAGCUCAAGCGUGUACAUAUAGAAGCGUAGCGCUUUAGGUCCCGGAAAUCAGAGCGGGGAAAGGAAAGGACGGACUACCCGUGCGGACAGCACGGCUACCAAUCGUUGCACUUCGCGAUAUUCAGUCUCAGUGUGCGGAUCGUUGUACCCGCUUGUCGUUUCCACGUUCACUCGUUUCCCCGGCAGAUCUUCGAAACGUUCGACCUAUCUUUUUUUUUUUUUACUUUUUUUUUCCAAAUUUUG